CUAGGGGCUCAGGGCCAGUCACCCCAGCAGGCUUUGCAGCCCAGGAGCAGGAACGGUGGCAGUCGUGGGGACAGCAUGCUGGCUCGGGGGCUUUCGCGGCACUCCAUCCUGGCCAAAGGCUGCAUGCCCUUCCUGAGCACCCUCCGGGAGGUGCCCCUAGGUGAGGGAGCUGGCAUCUCCACUCGCAGUCCUCGUCCUUUCAAGGAAAUUCCGUCGCCUGGGGACAACGGCUGGCUCAACCUGUACCAUUUCUGGAAGGAGAAGGGUGCAGACAAAAUCCACUACCACCAUGAGCACAAUUUCCAGAAGUACGGCCCCAUUUACAGGGAGAAGCUUGGCAACAUGGAGUCUGUGUACAUCAUCGACCCUGAGGACGUGGCCAUUCUCUUCAACUCUGAGGGGCCCUAUCCGGAGCGGUACCUCAUCCCCCCCUGGGUCGCCUAUCACGAGUACUACCAGAGACCCGUCGGAGUCCUGCUAAA